UGCUGUGCUGCUGCAUUUGUGGUCUAUUACUUUCUUUUGCCUCCAAAUCUAAUCCAAAGUACACUUUGGAUAUCUGGUACCUGCUAGAGUACAUCAUUCAGACACUAACCUAUUGCAGAGAAGUGUGAGAUUUUAUGAGCACGGGAUGGCUUCCAUGAAAUGAUGCACAGUGAAUAGGGUGUAGUUUCUGACAUACUGUAAGAUUUUCUAGGCAUACUGUAAUAGAUUUUCUAUUUUCUAUUUAUUAUAUGACCAUGAAGCCUUUGAAAGGGCAGUUUGUUUGUUUUUUUCACACUGCAUCUUUGCAGCCAGGGUGGCAUGGUGGAACAGAGGGUAGCGUUGCUGCCUCACAUGUUUCACAUGUUCUUCCUGUGUCCGUGUGGUGUUUCCUCCCACCUCCCAAAAACAUGUCAGAAGGUGACUCUACAUUGCCCCUGUGUGUGUGUGUGUGUGUGUGUGUGUGUGUGUGCGCCUUGGUGCCUUGAAAUAGACUGGCAAUGGACAGGCUGUAUUCCCACCUCAUGCCCAGUGUCCCCAGGAUAGGCCCUGGCUCCACCGCAACCCUGCCCAGGAUAAAGUGGUUCCUUAUGCUGAAUGAAUGAAUCUUUGCAAUCCCUGUGUUUCAAGACUACCACAUCAAGCUAAAACUGAAUAGUUUUGUUUAACUCUAAAAUCUAAACAUUGCUAUAUAUUAAUUUUAUGUUGACAAUCCAAAUCUAGACACAGUUCUGUGCUAUGUGGAAGCCUUUGUGCUGUAUCUACUUAAGAAACUCCAAGAUUUCAUGGAGAUUAUUAAAAAUCAUGAAAACAUGACCUUAUAAAAAUUCCCUUUAAAGGUGCAAUAGUUAAUUUUAUUUAUUCCUUACUUGUACAAAUAACCUGGAUAUGUAGAACAUGAUUAAAAAAAACUUUUGGCCUUUUCAAAAGUUUAAAUCAUUGAAUAGUUGCUUGGAAAGCUGAGCGCAGGAGCAGAAUUCUUCAUUGUGAUUGGAUGCUCCUCCUGUCAGUCAUCUUAUAAACACUAUACGGGCUGCAUACGAUCCUGGGGGCGGAGCUUCGUGAACAUGGGCGGGAAUCAUUCAAAUAUCGAUCUCACCUAAUCGUUAAACAAGUAGUCUUGAAAAAAAAACAAAAAAUGAUUAAUCUUACCUAAUACACUUUCAGCUUUAAAAAUUACACACGACACGUGCAGUAUUAGACUUUUAUUUUGAAAAUGAAGCGGCACUUGUUUACGUUGGCGUCCUUCACGCGCCAGCACUCGCUUACAGCUACAUCAUGUGCACGUAAACAGAAUCUGCUUGUACAUUUUCAGUCCAUGUGUGUCAGAUCAGAUCAGUUAUUUUAAGAAUGUGAUUUAAAAAAAACCUUACAAACAAAAACAAACAAACUCUGAGGCUUUCCUUCAGCAGGAGGAAGGAUUUGUUGGUUUCAGUUUCAACUGUUCUGUUUCCAAACAUGGGCAGCUUCACUCUGGUGCAGAUGUGCAUCAGGAAAGUGGCUCAGCAUAUGGACGUGCUGGAGAGUCAAGCUGGGGAUUUGCCAGCCUCACUUCUUAAAGACUUGAUGCCUCACCUGAACAUGUACUACCUGGACAGGAUUGAAAAAGCAGCUCGUCUAAAAGGAGUCUCAUGUUCAUCUGCAUGGGCAGCAAAAUGGAGGGAGCUGAAUCGCACAUGGCGCUGGAAGUUAAAGUUUCUGCAGCCGGAGAAGGAAGACUGGAAGCAGAUGUGCUUGGAGAGCUAUUUUCACACGGUGCUGUUCAGAAGGUCACAAGCACAAAGCUCUGCUUUUGACAUGAAUGAUAGUGCGGUUCUCUCGGUGUCAGCCAAGUACGUGCGGGUUCUCUCUCUCUUCACGGUGCAUGAUGUGCGCAGGUUAGCCUCAGAGGAACUACGGCUCAUCCUGGCCACUCUGGAGAAGGAAGUGAGGACACUCAGGUUGCUUGAUGCCAAGAUGUUGCUCAGACACAGAAAGUCAGAUGUCCUCUUUGUUCUGCACCGUCUUCUCGACCACGGCUCAGUUAAAAAGCUAGUUCUGAAGAGGACUCCGGAUUUGUAUGUCUUCAGAUGGAUUAUGUCCAGAUGUAAGGGCUGUAGCUGGAGUGAUGAGGGUCCUGCAGCAUCCAAACGCCCUCGGCUGCAUCUGCUCAUGGACGAGACAGUAUACAGCAAGUUCUGUCCUUCAUGUAGUGCUAACGGGAUGUGUCCCGAGGGACAGAUUCACUCAGUGGACCUGGAGGUUUGUUCAUUGACGGCAGUGUCUCGCCUCCUUCCUUCCUGGCUGGGUCUCCGCUCACUUCACCUGUGCACCACCCAGCUUGUUUGUGAGAAGGAAGUGGUUGACUUGGUGGAGUCUCUCAGAAAGCUUUUCCUGAACCCACACUGUUCCCUCAAAGACCUGAGCCUUGGUAACAUGUGUGUUCAGGGUCAUUUAGCCAGCUUGCUGAUUUCCUGCCCCUCACUGCGGACCCUCUCCCUGGACAUCAGCCUGCGGUGGGACUGCAGCACCACAUCCAGCGUACAGUUCACACCAAACAUGCAACUCUCUCUUGAGAAACUCACCUUGAAGGCAGUCGAGAACCAAACAACUGUAGAGUGUUUACCAGCUGUGCUUCAACACGCUCCAAAUCUCAGCAGCCUUCACGUCACAGGAAUACGGCAGGCUCGCUCCCUACUACACACAUUGCCAGAGUCCAGUCCAUUCCUGAAGGUACUGAUGCUGGAAGACAUAAACCUGGCAGACUGUCACCAUGAGAUUAUUCAUCUACUAGAGAACUCCAUUUUGGAAGAGCUGUCCUUGAAAGACUGUAGGCUGCUAGAGAAGUGCACGGAGAAGAAAGACUUCCUGGUUCCAUUUGUAGCAUCUGCAAAGGAACUUUCUUCCCUUCGCUCUCUGUCUCUGUCUCAGAAUCGGCUUGCUUCAAGCGUCAUUGAGGUUGCAGAUCUGUUUUUAGGAGAACAUCCUGGCAACAUAAUCAAAUUGGACCUCAGCUCAAACUUCAUCCUCCCCGCUGACCUGCUGGAGUUCAGCCGAAGAAUCGUAGCAUACCAUCCCCUUCACCGAUUCACACUAGACCUGCGCUUUAACCCACUUAAUCGUGACCCUGAGGUCAAAGGUCAAGCCCUGAGGAUGCUCCUUCCGUUCUGUGAAGUUCUGACUGAUGAAUGGGACUUCAGAUCGGCCAUGGUAGAUCACGUUAGUGUGAUGUGAAGAGACAUUUAAUGCUAGAUACACACAGUACUGGGAGUGGAACAAUGUUAAAAAACAUCGAUGAAGGAUGGAUUCUGAUGCUUACAACACUGCUGUGCCCCAAACAAACUGAGGCUUUGUGUGAUUUGUGUGUUUGGCUUCCUCAUAUUUAAAACAAAAUUUUACUUAACUUUCCACAUGAUCCAAAUGAUGAUCCUGAAUGCUGAGUGUUUCAGAUUUGAUAUCUGACCAUAUACCAAAAUUGAAUUUAGAAUGUUUCUUCUAAAUGUUUCACUUUCAUAAGUUUAAAAAAUGUAUUAUUUUUGGAAUAAAUCCAUUGUUUCUACUGUA